AGUGCUGGAGCUGGCUGCCUCCCGCGCCGCGCCACCCCUCUCCGCGCCUGGUCCCAGCACCGCGCUCCCGCCCUCCCGCUCUGCGGCCGGCCCCGCCUCACCCUGCCCCACCGUGGCCGGCCCACUUCUCCCCGCGGGCCCGAGCUGGCCGAGCGGCUGCCCGCCGGGGACUCGAGCGGUGCGGCGGGGCCGGGAGCCGAGGGACCCGCCGAGGGGAUUGGCGGCCCCGGACGGCUGCCGGAGGGGCGGCCGCGCGUGAAUGCGGCGGGAGCCGGAAGCCUCGAGCAGCCCGCGCCGUCUCUGCCCCCGGGCGCCCUAUGGCUUGAAGAGCCUUGCCACCCAGUGGCUCCACUGCCCUGAUGGAUCCACUGAACCUGUCCUGGUAUGAUGAUGAUCUGGAGAGGCAGAACUGGAGUCGGCCCUUCAAUGGGUCGGAAGGAAAGGUGGACAGGCCCCACUACAACUACUAUGCCAUGCUGCUCACCCUCCUCAUCUUCAUCAUUGUCUUCGGCAACGUGCUGGUGUGCAUGGCUGUGUCCCGCGAGAAGGCGCUGCAGACCACCACCAAUUACCUGAUCGUCAGCCUCGCUGUGGCUGACCUCCUGGUGGCCACGCUGGUCAUGCCCUGGGUUGUCUACCUGGAGGUGGUGGGCGAGUGGAAAUUCAGCAGGAUUCACUGUGACAUCUUUGUUACUCUGGACGUCAUGAUGUGCACGGCAAGCAUCCUGAACCUGUGUGCCAUCAGCAUCGACAGGUACACAGCGGUAGCCAUGCCUAUGCUGUACAACACACGGUAUAGCUCCAAGCGCCGAGUCACAGUCAUGAUCGCCAUUGUCUGGGUCCUGUCCUUCACCAUCUCCUGCCCGCUGCUCUUCGGACUCAACAACACAGACCAGAACGAGUGCAUCAUUGCCAACCCUGCCUUUGUGGUCUACUCUUCCAUCGUCUCCUUCUACGUUCCCUUCAUCGUUACCCUGCUGGUCUACAUCAAAAUCUACAUUGUCCUCCGCAAGCGCCGAAAGCGGGUCAACACCAAACGCAGCAGCCGAGCCUUCAGAGCCAACCUGAAGGCCCCACUUAAGGGCAACUGCACUCACCCCGAGGACAUGAAACUCUGCACCGUUAUCAUGAAGUCUAAUGGGAGUUUCCCAGUGAACAGGCGGAGAAUGGAUGCUGCCCGACGAGCUCAGGAGCUAGAGAUGGAGAUGCUGUCGAGCACCAGCCCGCCUGAGAGGACCCGGUACAGCCCCAUUCCACCCAGCCACCACCAGCUAACUCUCCCUGAUCCAUCCCACCAUGGCCUCCAUAGCAAUCCUGACAGCCCCGCCAAACCAGAGAAGAAUGGGCAUGCCAAAGACCACCCCAAGAUUGCCAAGAUCUUUGAGAUCCAGACCAUGCCCAAUGGCAAAACCCGGACCUCUCUCAAGACAAUGAGCCGAAGGAAGCUGUCCCAGCAGAAGGAGAAGAAGGCCACUCAGAUGCUGGCCAUUGUACUCGGCGUGUUCAUCAUCUGCUGGCUGCCCUUCUUCAUCACUCACAUCCUGAACAUACACUGUGACUGCAACAUCCCACCGGUCCUCUACAGCACCUUCACGUGGCUGGGCUAUGUCAACAGCGCCGUGAACCCCAUCAUUUAUACCACCUUCAACAUCGAGUUCCGCAAGGCCUUCAUGAAGAUCUUGCACUGCUGACUCUGCCGCUCACCUGCACAGCAGCUGCUUCCUUCCUCCCUGCCUGGGCAGGCCGGGCCUCAUCCUUGCAAGCCAUGGACAGAAAGGCCUGGAUGGACUUGGCCUUCUGUUGACCCUGCAGGCCCUGCAGUGUUAGCUUGGCUCCGUGCCCUUCUCUGUUGGCACACCCUCACUCUGCCAGGGUAGGGCCAUGGAGACAGGUGUUGAACCAGGUCUGGGGUUGGACCCAUGGCUCAGGGCAGCUCACAGAGUGCCCCUCCCACCUCCAGACCCCAUCUCCUUGGCACCAAAGAUGCAGAGGCCUUCCUUGAUCUUUUUCUGGGGCACUGGAGUUCCUGGGGCCAGAAUCCAGCUCAGAGGCUGAGCACAUCCUGACUGUUUGCUUGGCCUGGUCCUUGCUUGCUUGUGUUGGAUCGGGCGGUGGGAAGGUGGCUCACACUUUACAGGGACCACAGAGGAAAGGUGGGAUUUCGCCAAGGUCCCAGGCAUCAUCAGUCCUAGGAAACACUUGUAAACACCAGAUGGCUCCAUGGACUCCAGAGAAGCUGAGGCUGAAUAUCUGUUUUCCACCCCAACUCUGGCAUGAACCCCUACUUUCCACAGCAGUGGGUUCUGCUUUCUCUUACCCUGUUAUAGCACCCCAGGUGGUUUCCAUACCCUCUGGGGAGCAACUCUAACCUCCAAGGGCCCCAAGAGGGGUUGUAAGAAGGGAAAUAGCUUAUGCCCGCUCCCCCAGCCCAUUCUCUUUGGCACACUUUGGUCACAUUCCUUUCCCACAGCAAAUGCUGGCCAGCCUGAGAAGUCAGGUCUUGGACCCAUGUUGGACCUCAAGUUGGGGAAGUCACCUGAGGCUCUUUGGGGGACUGUGUCCUACCACUUUUCUUUUGGCCUCUCCUCUCUCCUGUUUCCCUUCCCUUCCAGUGCCUCUGCCUUAGAGAAGACUGUGGCUGGGAGGCUGCUUACACCUCUGGGCUUGGCGCUGGGGGAGGAGGAGAAGCUAUAGUUUGGAGUGCCCCAGGCCCCAACUCUGUAACAUCACUGUACACACACCAAACCAAUAAAAUUUUGACGAGUUACCCCCAUGGACCCUUGGGUGGCUUGGAACUGUGUUAACACCAUCC